AUGAUGUCGAUCUUCUUUGGCUUUUUGGUGAACUUCUGCGACAGGAACUUGGUGAACCACGGGUUGAACGCCAGAAGCACACACGACUUGGUCAUGGUGGUGAUUCCGGCCAGUUUGAGGGACGAGAAAAAGUUGUUGAGCGACGAGGUCUGUGCGCUGGUCGUUGACAGUCUUCUCUUCUUAGACAUGAGUCUCUUUGGUCUGGACUCCGGCAACAACAGCGCUCCCAGGAAGAAAAUGAACGUUUGGAAAAACGUUCCGAUCUUCAGCACGGUGACGGAGGUCACAGGCAAAAUCCCGCCAACCAACGGGCCCGCGGUGAGUCCUCCAUACAAGAACGCUGUGAGAAUGGCCAAGUUCUUGGGCCGGUCGGCCUCGUCCACCAAGUCAAUUAAAUAA